AUGAAGGCUACUGACGACAUUUGCAUUGGAGGUCUCAUUACCAUAGUUGGUUUAGGUGUGGGCCUUCAAUUUCCCGACUUUGAUUAUGUGCCAGUGGAUGACCCACCUCUCUACCUCCUUGACUACAUCGCUCUCACCCGAAUGGAAUUACUGAUACCACAUCCUACCCGUCCUAACCAUUAUUCUUGGCUCAAUCAUGUCAAGGAACCAGUUUACAUCUUGCCUAAUCCUAGCAUCUCCGCGUUUUCCACCAGCGACCCUGAAACUUGGUUCUUACCUGAAGAGUUACAUGAUGAUGAUGAUGAAAUGCAAGUCGAUAAUUCCAAUGCUGGUAGUCCAUUUGAGGCCGAAGACCAUUCUGACCACCUGAUCCAACAAUUGCCACCACCUUAUUAUGAUCAGCCCUCGGGAUCACACUUUCAGCCACAACAUGAGCACCACUCCUAUCAGCAACACAAUGAUCCCGAUCCUGAGCACGAAUUCCCUCUUGAUAUCUACAGUUAG